AUGGCAAAAGUUUACGUCGGCAAUCUCAGCUGGAACACAGCCGAUGAUGGACUUGCUCAGGCAUUCAGUCCUUAUGGUCAACUUACUGACUAUAUUGUGAUGAAGGAUCGCGAUACCGGCCGAUCGCGUGGAUUUGGCUUUGUUACGUUUAUGACGCAACAGGAGGCCGAUGCCGCGAUUCAGGCUUUGAAUGAACAGGAACUUGACGGGCGCCGCAUUCGCGUGAAUAUGGCUAACUCGCGGCCGCCCAUCGGCGGACCGAUGGCCGGUGUGAGCCUUGGAUACAGCGGGCUCACCGGUGGCUACGGCGCCGGUGGCUACGGCGCAGCGCAAGCACCGUAUGCCUAUGGUGCGUUGCACCCAUACGCUAAUCACACAGGCGCGCAGCCUUCUGGCUUUGGAUACGGCCAGCAAGCCGGGUACGCGUUCCAGCAGCAGCCAUACGGCGCACAGCCUGGCGCCUAUCCUGCACCGCAAGCAGCUUACCCGGGACAGCAGCCUGGUUUUCCCGCGUACGUCUACUCGCUAUAG